AUGCGUGAUACUCCAUUGUCUGGACUUGCUGGCGGAAGCAUCUGGGGACAACAACGUGGCAGCUUCAAAAUGACCGACUCUGCGAAGAGAAACGCCGUGAUGGAAGUGCGCCGUGCUGCUGGCAACCUCGGAGGCACUGCAUUAUCAUCGGGCGACGCCAGCACACCAAUUAGCGCGGGCACUGGGUCACUACCCUUCUCAAUCCCUUUACACGCUCACCUCAAAACCGGACGUUCGCUCUCACACUCACAAGGUCAACGUGAACUUCCCAUGACCGCCAACAACAUGCAAGGCAACGCGUCCGCCUCGAGCGGCCAGCCCUCAACACUCCCUCUUGCGCUUCUCAGCGAAGAGGCUGACACUGAUACUGAAUCAGACUCUGGUAAUCGGCUCACUCAUACACUUUCACAUCCGCCAAUCGGCUCCCUUGUGCGUACAACCACGCUUCCGACCAUCGGCGCAACGCGCAACGUUGACAGUGAUCGUGGCCUUGUCGAGAAGCGCUCCAUGCACGGCGAUGGGCGCAACAGUGGCAACAAUGAUAUGACCGAUCAUCAUCUGGCGAACAGCCUGGCAGGUCUUGGGUUUGCAGAUUCCCAAUCAGGUCGACGUGCGCAGUGGCAGAGCUCUUUGGGCUGGGACCACGUCCGCAAUCUUAACGAAUCACGUCGCCAUUCUCUUGCCGAGAUACCCACUCGUCGCGGAUCUCUUGUUGGCGCCGAGACUGGGUUCUUUGGCAGACCAUACUCUGAAGAUGUUUUUGAAGACGAUUCUAUUCACAAUAUUACUGGAAUACCGAGAAAUAUUGCUGGUUUAACGGCCGAUCGAAACAUCAACACGUCGAAUGAACAUCACGGCAUGUCACUUUCGCAGAACGGCAACUACGAAAUACCAUUGAACUAUCGUGUUCCUCUCGUCGAUUUGAACGAACGCGAGCGAAAUGAGCUAAACAGCAUCCGCGAGCAGCAAGCUGCUGCUGGCAUGAUGUCAGCUUGGGGACCGAACAACAACGGCAACCGUCCACGCAAGCAGCUGUUCAUUGUCAGCUUCAAAUGCUCACGUGUCGACGUUUUCUACUUACUUGAAAAUACUGGAUUGACUGUUCGAGAGGGCGACUUGGUCAUUGUCGAGGCCGAUCGCGGUCAAGAUCUUGGCACCGUGCAACAUGCGAACGUCAGCCCCGAAGUCGCUCGAUUGUACAAGAAGAAAUAUUCAGAGGAGCAGUACAAGUGGUUGAUGAUGUACAGCCACAACAAAGAGGGUGCCAACAACCCAAACGCAGAUCUACAGCGAGACAAUGCGGACCGUCAGUACUAUGCUUCAGAUGCUCCGUCUUCCAUUCAAGGUCAUCCAAAUUUUCCUCGCGACAGCAUCGCAAACCUCAAACCCAAAGCAAUCAAGCGGCUGGCGCAGCAACAUGAGAUUAGAAUGCUCGCGGAUAAGGAGGGCAAUGAAGCCAAGGCGAAGCGUACCUGUCAGCAAAAGGUUGCACACUUGCACCUUCAGAUGGAGAUUCUUGAUGCUGAAUGGCAAUGGGACUUUCAAAAAUUAAUCUUCUAUUAUUAUGCUGACCACUACAUCAAUUUCAAAGAUCUCAUCACUGAGCUUUACCGCAUAUACAAGACACGCAUCUGGCUCUCCGCCAUUAACCCAGCAUCAUUUUCACAGCAUGCGAUGAGUCAGCCGCCCAGCGGAAUCGGUCCAGGCGCCGUCACUCCAUUUGAUCCGCUUGGCCUCAACAACGCCUACACAAUGGCGUACGGUGAGGACCGCGAUCCCUACGGCGCACAAAUGCCGUAUCGCAUCGGUUAUGAUACAUACACUCCCAACUUUCCAAGCAUUCCAGGUGUUCCAAACAGCUAUGCUCCUGGAGCCAACCCAUACGCGACUGGCUUUGGCCAAGGUACUGGGUCUGCUCUCCCUCCUACAACAGGACAUGCAGCGCCUGGUCCCGGUCAGCAGAAUCAGCAGCAACAGUUGCAAUUACAGCUGCAAUUACAACAACACCAGCAACAACUACGGCAGCAGCAGCAGCAGCAUCUGCCACAGCCACCGCUACAGCCACCAAAUCAACACUAUGAGGCCGGUGCCGCCUCAACGAACGACCAAUCGGCCGUGCGACAGCCUUUUAAUAACUGGUACGGUGCACCAGGAUCCGCCUCUGGGCUUCCACAGCAUCAAUCACAGCUUGCUCCGACGAUGCCUUCGUCACCUCCAGCCGUGGGAGACUCCUCGAGUCGUCCGAAUUACAGCUUCGGCCCUCGUCUGCAGAAUAACUCACCUGCAUCCUCGAUCAAUUCUCGCACAAACACGUGGGACCGCCCAGGCUCAUCAAAUCUUUCAAUGCGUGGUCCGUCCUUACCCAGCCCUAUCGGCACACGUCCUGCGGCCGGCGGCGAAGAUGCCAGUAGUGGAAACCGACCGCUCUCCGGAGCAGCGAUGACCGGUACCUCUGCGGGCAACAAAGGACGUCGCUGGUAG